AUGUCCGAACAAGGCCUUUCCGAGUCGCAAGUCGAGGUAAGACGUGCGAUCCAAAGCAUCUGCUCACAGUUCGACAACGAUUACUGGAGGCACAAAGACCAAGCAGCCGAGUAUCCACACGAGCUCUACGAUGCACUCUCAGAAGGACGUUGGAUCGGUAUCUGCAUGCCAGAAUCGCUCGGUGGUGCAGGGCUUGGCAUCUCGGAAGCUACCGUGAUGCUCCAAACCAUCGCCGAAUCUGGCGGAGCCGUUGCUGGUGCCCAAUCUAUCCACGCUAACAUUUACCCCUUGAUGCCAAUCAUCGAGUUUGCUUCGCCCAAACAGCAUGCUGACUGGUUGCCCAAGAUGAUCGAUGGUCGCAUCCGAUCUUGCUUUGGUAUUACUGAGCCCUCUACUGGCUCGGAAACGCUCAAGCUCAAGACGAAAGCAGUGAAAAAGGGCGACAAAUACGUGAUCAACGGCAGCAAGAUCUGGACGUCUUCGGCCCAGGUAGCUUCCCACGUGGUACUGUUAGCACGAACGUCGGAGCCAGAGUCUGGAUCUCGAUCCUCCGGUCUGAGCCUCUUUUUCGCGCCUUUGCGAAACAUGCCCAAUAACCCACGCAAUGCAGGCAAGGCGAAACUUGCCAAGGGCGUCGAGAUGAGGAAAAUUGCCAAAAUGGGUGGAAACAUGGUGGAUGCAAACGAGGUGUGGUUCGACGAUUUCGAGGUGCCGGUGGACUGCCUGAUUGGCGAAGAGGGCAAAGGGUUCAAGUACGUCCUGCAUGGUAUGAAUGCUGAACGGUGCCUGUUGGCGGGCGAAGCGUUGGGAACAGGAUAUGCGGCACUGACGAAAGCGGUCAAGUAUGCAGGUGAUAGGGUAGUCUUCGGUCGACCUAUCGGUGCGAUGCAGGCGAUCCAACACCCAUUGGCGAAAAGCUGGGCUCAGUUAGAAGCAGCAAAGCAUCUCACAUACGCUGCAGCGAGGAUGUACGACGACAGAGCGACAGAUUCAGGAGCGCAGGCAAAUGCAGCCAAGUACAUGGCGGCAGAAGCUGGAUUCAAAGCUUGCGAGACGGCUGUCAUGACCCUGGGCGGGAUGGGCUAUGCCGUCGAGUACGGUGUGGAAAGGCUCUUCCGUGAAGUUUUGGUGCCUCGACUCGCACCGGUUAGCCGUGAGAUGGUGCUCAACUACCUAGGACAGCACGUUCUCGGACUUCCAAAGUCGUACUAG